GACCCGAGCUCGCGGCUUCCGGGAGGCGCCCGAGGCCGGAUAAAUACAUCCCGGGCUCCCGGGGAGCAGCGGACCCUGCCCGCACCGCUGCCCGCGCCGCCCGCGCCGCCCGCACAGCGGUCCGCAGGGCACCGAGCCGCCCGGGUUAGGCGCGGCGCCCGCUCCUCCCCCUGCGGCCGGCGCGGAGCAGCGGCGAGCGACGGGCUCGGCCGCCGGCUCCCGGGCCGCGGAGCCGAUGAGCGGCGGCGGCUGAGGGCCCGGGCCGGCCUCUGCCCGCCCUCUGCCCGGCGCCCGAGCGGGGCCGCAGCGCCCGGGGCGCAGGGUCCGGGCCGGAGACAUGGGGGCGGACUGAAGCACCCGCGGCGGCCGAGCGCUCUCUCGCGAGCCGCGGGCCCUGCUCCGCGGCGGCGGCUGCGGGCGCCCAACCCGGCGCACUCUGCCCGGGGCGCCCGCGGGAGCCUCCGCCGCGCUUCUAUGCGCCUCUGCGGGCGCCGUGGGCCCGGGCCAUGGCGAUAGACCGGCGGCGCGAGGCAGCGGGUGGCGGGCCCGGGCGGCAGCCGCCCCCGGCGGAGGAGAACGGCUCCCUGCCGCCCGGGGACGCGGCGGCCUCGGCGCCCCUCGGGGGACGCGCGGGCCCCGGCGGCGGUGGCGGGGAGAUCCAGCCGCUGCCCGCCCCGCAUCCCGCCGCCGGCGGCCAGCACCCGGGCUGCAGCUCGGCGGCGGGGGCCCCGAGCCUCCUGUUGCUGGACUACGACGGGUCGGUGCUGCCCUUCCUCGGGGGCCUGGGCGGGGGCUACCAGAAGACCCUCGUGCUGCUCACCUGGAUCCCGGCGCUCUUCAUCGGCUUCAGCCAGUUCUCGGACUCUUUCCUCUUGGACCAGCCGAACUUCUGGUGCCGCGGGGCCGGCAAAGGCGCGGAGCUGGCGGGGGUCACCGCCACGGGCCGGUGGGACGCCGGCGACGCGGCCAACUGGACCAGCCCCCCAACCACCCCAUUCUCCACUGCCUCCUGGGGGGCCGUGGGCAACCUUAGCAACGGCAGCGGCGCGGACGGGGGCGACACGCCACCCCUGCCGUCCCCUCCGGACCAGGGGGACAACGCCUCCAACUGCGACUGCCACGCGUGGGACUACGGCAUCCGCACAGGCCUCGUCCAAAACGUGGUCAGCAAGUGGGAUCUUGUGUGUGAUAAUGCCUGGAAGGUCCAUAUCGCUAAGUUCUCCUUACUGGUUGGAUUAAUCUUUGGCUACCUAAUAACUGGAUGCAUUGCUGACUGGGUCGGCCGGCGGCCUGUGCUGCUAUUUUCCAUCAUCUUCAUUCUGAUCUUUGGACUAACCGUGGCACUAUCGGUGAACGUGACAAUGUUCAGCACACUCAGGUUCUUUGAAGGAUUCUGCCUGGCUGGAAUAAUUCUUACCUUGUAUGCAUUACGAAUAGAGCUGUGCCCCCCUGGAAAACGGUUCAUGAUCACGAUGGUGGCGAGCUUCGUGGCCAUGGCCGGGCAGUUCCUCAUGCCCGGGCUGGCUGCCCUGUGCCGGGACUGGCAGGUCUUGCAGGCCCUCAUCAUCUGCCCCUUCCUGCUCAUGCUGCUCUAUUGGUCGAUAUUCCCCGAGUCCCUCCGGUGGCUGAUGGCUACCCAACAGUUUGAGUCUGCAAAGAAGCUCAUCUUGCACUUCACACAGAAGAACUGCAUGAACCCUGAGAGUGACAUCAAAGGCGUGAUGCCUGAGCUGGAGAAGGAGCUCUCCCGGAGGCCCAAGAAGGUCUGCAUUGUGAAAGUGGUGGGAACCCGGAACCUGUGGAAAAACAUCGUGGUCCUGUGUGUGAACUCGCUGACGGGGUACGGGAUCCACCACUGCUUUGCAAGAAGCAUGAUGGGCCACGAAGUAAAGGUGCCGCUCCUCGAGAACUUCUAUGCCGACUACUAUACCGUGGCCAGCAUCGCCCUGGCCUCCUGCCUGGCCAUGUGCGUGGUGGUCAGGUUCCUGGGGCGCAGGGGAGGGCUGCUGCUCUUCAUGAUCCUCACCGCUCUGGCCUCGCUCCUGCAGCUUGGGCUGCUCAACUUGAUUGGGAAAUACAGCCAGCAUCCAGACUCAGAGUUGCAGCUGAAGUUGGCCGUAGGUAUGAGUGAUAGUGUCAAGGACAAAUUCUCCAUCACGUUUUCCAUCGUGGGCAUGUUCGCCUCCCAUGCAGUGGGAAGCCUCAGCGUGUUCUUCUGUGCAGAGAUCACCCCCACAGUAAUCAGGUGCGGCGGGCUGGGGCUGGUGCUGGCCAGCGCGGGCUUCGGCAUGCUGACGGCGCCCAUCAUCGAUCUGCACAACCAGAAAGGCUACUUCCUGCACCACAUCAUUUUUGCCUGCUGCACGCUCAUCUGCAUCAUCUGCAUCCUCCUGCUGCCAGAGAGUAGGAACCAGAACCUGCCUGAGAACAUCUCCAACGGGGAGCACUACACUCGGCAGCCGCUCCUGCCGCACAAGAAGGGGGAGCAGCCCCUCCUGCUCACCAAUGCCGAGCUCAAGGACUACUCUGGCCUCCACGAUGCGGCCACUGCAGGGGAUGGGCUGCCUGAGAACGCCACAGCCAAUGGCAUGAAGUAGCUCUGGGCACGGCCUUCCCUGAAGGGGGCACUGGGGGCUCCAAGGGUUUGGGGGCUGUUCGGGCACAGGUUUAUAGACCAGGGACCGAACACGUGGCUGGGGGCAGGGAAACCCAAUUCUGCUGCUGACGCCACGGACGGUAAGACUGUCAACUGGUGUGGGGCAACUCUGUCUUUGCAAGACUCUAAGGACCGUGUUUGGAGGAAGCAGACUCUUUGGAAAUAACCCUUUGGACUUUCUUUUCUGCCAUGAGAUGUUUGUAUUUAUUUUGGUCAUUUUUACGAGAAGCACUUUAUUCCCUUUCCUCUGAUCUCGAAACGGAACCACCUCCUUUGGAAGAGGGACACGGCCAAUGAGGAGGACGCUGUAGGCAGCCAGCGCAGCGGUCCUGGAGGUUACACGCCAUCCUUGCCCAGCACCCCGCAGAGGAGCCAGGGGUCGCUCACUCUGGGCCGCGCCCCCCAAGGCCGCCUGCCUGUGAACAGACUGACCGGUCAUGGAGUAUCUCCAUGACCGCACUGUAGACAGAGUGAAAUGUAAAUGAUUAGGUUUUUGCUAGAGAGUCUGUGUAUGGUUUUUAAAGGGUUUUUGUGUGUGUGUGUGUGUGUGUGUCUGUGAGGUAAGAGCUUCUGUUCCAUGUGUUGGGGGAAAGCAGCUCCCAGAUACCAUUAAAACCAGCUUAGUCUUUCCUUCAGGACCAUCCUUUCGUACUUGACGCUGGAAACUCUCUGGGGGAAAGUGUAGACGUUUCACCAGAAAUCCUAAACAGCGAGUAGUACUACGGCCACAGUUUGCUGACGCAGGCUUGCCUGGCGGAGCUCAUGACGAGCAGCGGUGUGGAGACAUUAACACGAUCGAUAAUCCUUCCCGGGUUUGGCUCCAGCAGGAAAGUGCCCCCGUCCACGCUCAGCUUCUUGGCCAGCACAACUUGAAAACACAGCUACUCUCGAACUCAAAACCAAUAGACACAUAACUGAAACAGACGACUGAGGCAAACCCACAGGAGCAAGGGGUGCUCCCACCCACAUCUGAGCACACACCGCCGCGUAGAGAUCACCAGCCCGGAAGACUGUCAGCUCUCCCUGACCUCACGCUGAGAGACUGCGAAGCCUGUGGGAGCCGUGCCCCCUCCAGCCCGCCUCUGCCUGCUUCCUGCUUCCUGUCACUUCCGUCAGCACACAGGGGGGUUUAGGGCGGGGAGUGGGAAUCUCACAGGUGAGUCCACCUGACCUCCAGCCUCUUAAAGCGGCAAGACCAGUGGAGAGAAAGCAAUAACUCACCAAAGUUCAACACCCAUCCCCGAUAGCCAAGGGUUUUUGUUGUGUUCCUCAUUUUGUCCCAGAAAGUGAAGGCUUCUUCCUGCUUUUCCAAGUCAGGCUUUCUCUGCCUGUCAGGGGGCGCUUCAGAGAAACCUUGGAGGGCCUCCUCAAGGACACCCAGGGGGCCACUAAGAAACAACAUUGGUGCAGGCAGGCACUGCCUUGUAGCAACACAGGCACCCGAAUUUUUGGACAGCCUGGAUUCUUUCUAGAAUUGUCCACCUCUGCACUCUGUGACAUGUGUCUUUGCUGUGAGCUGUGUUCUUCCAGGGAACCUGCGGCCUCAAGUCUGUGAGGCAAUUAGGUGACUUCCAGCUGACAGCUGCUAGAACUCAAAAGGGCCAGAAAAGAGGUUGAUAUAACUUCCCCUUCUCCCCUUCAGACUUUCUACCUGCCCUGUUCUCAGUCCACUCACCUCUCUCCUCCAAAACUGCUAGACCCCAGUAGGAGCCCUCUGAAGUGAUAAAGACAUUGUGAGGAGGUGAGCAAACUUGCAGGCAUGCAUGACUCCAGGGAGUAAACUACACUGUGUCUGUCUCAUCACCAGUGCCUGGGGUGUCCAGCCUGCCUGCGAAGGAGGCCGCCUGUGAAGGAAGGCCAUCUGGGAUGGAGGCCACCUGCUAAGGUGGCCACCUGGGAAGGAGGCUGCCUGGGAUGGAAGGCUGCAUAGGAAGGAAGGCCGCCUGGCAGUCUCUCCCCUGCUCUGAGCCCAGCUCACCCAGGCCUUCCUUCUUGUCUGUUAAGUCACUUUUGUUCCAUGUUUCAAUGUUAGUCUGCAUUUACCUUAAUUUAAAAAGAACUUUCUUUAUAUCUGUGUAGCCUUCACGUGCCAAACUUGUGAAAUACCUUUUGCCUUUUUUAGAGUACUUGCUACAAGGCCACCGGGCAGCUGGGGAGGCAGGAAGGAGCCAGCGAGGUCCCUGGGACCACACCUGGCCGGGUACAUGUCUGCAUCCCUCACCCCAGCCCCGGGCAGCUGCAGCGCUGGGACAGCCCCUUUGCUGUCCUGCAGGACUUGAGCGUGCUCACGGUGGUCCAUAGCCCUUCUGUAAGAAACGUACUGAAGCUGUCGAGUGCUGCCAGUAAUCCCUAUCUAGGAAGGCAGAGGCGAGGCACAGCAGAGACAAAGUCCCGUUCCUCGGUCUCUGAUCUCUGUCUGACAUGACAACUAUAAAAACUAGUCCAAGAGAGACAGCGGUCAGCACUGUCACUUCAGCGAUCGGGACUAACUCAUCAACGACUAGGAGAAGCUAGCAUGAGGACUGGGCUCUUGGGACCAAAGUCUAGCAGAUGUGAACGAGGCUGACUUGCCAACAGUCAGUGAGGUCUCGGCAAAGAGGCUCUUCCAGCAGCCUCAGGGAUGGGCUGAGCUCCUGUCCUGUUGCUGGUUCAGCUUAGGGACAGCCGAAGCCCUUGAGGAAUGCCUUUAUGAAACGGAGCCAAAGCAGAAAAGCUUCCGUGUGGGCUGAGCUCUGGGAAGUCCAGGACCAAGUGAGCAAGGCAGCUGGGGCUCACCGCGGUGGGGUCCAUCUCUGCAAGGGUGGGGGCUGCGGCCACCAUGUCCCUGGCACCUGUCAGUAGUGCUUGGACUCCUCGGUCCUGUUUCCUUCAUGGUUAGUGAGGAAACACUUCUCAGGCACCUGCUAUUCAAGUCCGCCUUCCCCCCCACCUCCACCCCUCCACCGCCCGGGGAGACAUCCCAAGGUACGUGCUCCAGCUCUCCUCCUCCUCCACCCACUCGUGCACCCCGCGAUCCUAUCAGGGAGCUGUGAUCCCCUUCCAAUAAAAGAUAUGCACAAAUGUGAACACUUGAGACAGGGCUGGAUACUUCUUCAUUUUGUUCUUUUCCAGAAGUCAACAGGAACACCACAUACACGAAACAUUAGCACCCAAGACAAAUAGGAAACAGUUUUAAACGCUUUGUUUUCUAAAAGAGUAUAAUCACUUUCAACGAGGGGAAAGGGGCUGGUAAGUUGGUUUGGCCACAGAACAGAAAGAGAGCAAAAAUAAACCUCGUAAAGGAAGUAAUUGCACUCAAACAGUACCACUUCCUAGAGCCAAACAAGAAAUGACUGAAGUGCCAUUAAAUGAACCGUGUGACCAUCGCAUCGCCCAGCCCCUAGGUGGCGCGCAAGCGCACGCACAUGCUGGGGGAGCCCACACUUCAACUCUUUAAAAGGACACCUCACUUUAAUGUAUUGUGUGUUUUGGAAAAGCAGUACAGUGUGUUAUGUCUAGUAGGGAAUACUUCCCUCCCUCUGUCCUUCCUGCAACCCCAACAUUUGAGGUUUCUCUGUAAGAACCGUGUUACUGUACAUGUCGACCGGGAUUACUCUGGAGGUGCUCAUUCAUAGCACAAGCCUAAAUCGGGUUCUGAACUGUCGUUCAAAGCUAAACGUCUGCAUGAUGUCACAUCUGUUGUACUUUUGGGGAAAAUUUGUAUGUAAAUGUACAGAAAUAAAAAUGUUGCCCCAUUAACAAAUUUCCACUGGAAUGUCUUCCCUACCUCAUCUGAUGGUAUCCAAUGAAGGGCAUUUCACGACCAUUGACUACAAAGUAAUAAAAACUCUACCUGUUGAUGCA